UGGUUCCAGCUUUAAUCAAUGCCAAAAAGUUUGUUUGUGUUUGCGUUGCUAGGCAACCGUUUAUGUUAUGACAGGCUAAGUUAGAUUUCAAUGUGAAAGAAAAUGCCACUGUUCAGUAAUAAAUUCUCACCAAAAACUAUUCCGGUGAGAAAACAGGAUACUUCUGUGCUCAAAAAGGAGUUAGGCAGCGAUUAUGCAUCAAAGGAAUUAUCGCUUGAUGUCGGCCAGUUGAAAUUAAAGUUAGGAGACUUUGAAAUAUCUUUUGAAGAUGGACAGUGGAUUCCAGCUUCUGGCAAAGCUGGAGCCGCCCACAAAGAGAACAUUCGCCUCAAGAAUGAGUUAGAGAGAUUAGAAGAAGAAAAUAAUAUGUUAAGAUUAAAGUUCGAAAUAUUACUCGACAUGAUGACUGAUAAGACUGUAGAGGCGGAACAACAAGCUGAGUUGCAGAGAGCACAGAGUUUAGGCAAUUUGAAGCAGAAGAGUAGUAAAAAGAAAUGGUAGUUAGUAUUA